AUGGAAUGGAGGAUCGACUCAAGACAGCAAGCCCGAGUAUGUCGAGUAGACCUUUACAAGCAUUUAUCAAGGCUGAUACAUCAUCCCAUUACCAGGAUUAUCAGUGAAGCUUUUCAUUUUUCAAAGUGCCUACGUGCAGAUCAGCAAUCUAUUAGCACAUGCUCCCGUGAGAACCAUCAGCUAGUUGAGAUGGCAUUAGAAGGGUACAACACAGCAUGUAUCUUUAUGGCUGUGGGGGGCGCGGAUGGAUCCAAGCUUAGGAAGGAUCUUAUGCACCAGCUCAUCAGUCGACUAGGCGUUCAGCUGACAAAGGUCAACACCGAUCGCAAAAAGAAAUCCAUGACCGAGAUCCAAAUGGAAUACGCGUAUGUCGGGAUUGUCGACAAUUGUUGCUAUGAUCUUCGAAUGGGGAACCGUAUUGAAAAUGCGAUCAUGAUGUCUAAAGGAAUCGACCAGUGCAUGAAACGCGUCAACCACGUCGACAAGAUUUGGUCACGAGUCAAAGAUGGAGCUUCUGUACCUUUUGUAUUGCAAAUUCGGUUGACAGACGAGGCACAUUUCAUGGGUCAUUUAUCCAUUGUCGAUUUACAACAACCCGAAUUCCGACAACCACUCGUGUUACAACCAGCAGCCAGCAUCUAUUGCUCGUUUGAACAAUUGAGAGCCAUUAUCGAGCUAGUGACAACCAAGAAGCCUGCAGAGACGAUGUCUGAUAUCGAUAAUAGCGUGCUUAGUCAGUUGCUCCUACAGCACUUUUGCGGCUUUGGUCAAACUUUGGUAUAUGCACAUUACAAUGAAUCAUUGCAUUAUGAUUUGGAUGAAGCGUUGGAGUCAUUACGAUUCUCUCAAGCACUACAAAUGGUGAGGUGCCUUGCAGUAACCAACAAGUCAGAUGUACGGGUCCACUAUUAUCGCAACAUGAUGAAGAAGUUUGCACUUGAGCUUGACAAAAAGAAGGAUUCUCAUGAUGCUCAGCUUGCAAAAAAGAACAUGGAAUUGACCGACGCCAAAGAGCAACUGGAAAUUCAACGUCAACAGAUCCAGGGACUGCAAAAAAAGUACAACCAGCUUCUUCAAGAGGAGGAGGAUGAUUUAGAAUUUGUUUGGAGUGUGCCAAUGAGGAAGGUGAAGGAUCAAAAUGUACAAACCAAUGAUCAUCCAAAGAACGUCAACGAGGAGUCGGUAAGCCUGACCAGGUUACGGGAGAUCUACGCAUUGCGCAAGACUGCUACGUACGCCUGCGAGCUUGAGAGACGCAUCCUAGAACUCAAAGUGAAAUAUCGUCAAGCUAUUGCAAUGCGUGGCAAAGGCACUUUCAAUGACGAGUCUAGCACAUACCCACCAGAUGCAAGGGGUGAUACUUUGAGAAGCUACAAGGAAUCCGGAUCUCUUGAUGCAUCAUCUCGACGUGCACAAUUUGAAGCAAAGGGACUCAAGAUCAAUGCGAGAGCUGAUACUGCCAAGAUAUCGCGUCUUGAAGAGAGGAUAGUGGGCCUGAUAGCAGAAAAAGAGCAUAUGCAAAAAGAGGUUGUCGAAUCCACAAAGAAAGUUGGGACCUUGAAUGGGAACCUCGAGCAGCUGAAAGGCGAGUUGAAUGAAUACAAACAACGAGUGAAGAAUUACCAAGCACAAGUCGAGAAAGAAAAGCAACGAUGGAAAGAGGAGGUGCGAUGGAAUGAGGAACAAUCAAUCCAAAUGCAGGAGGAGCGGAAUCGAGUACGACAUUAUAUGCAGGAAUUACGAGUGCAAAUCGCACAAGCCAUGACAGGCGACCUCAACAAGGAUCAUAUGGAUUCCGUUGCCAAGGCAGUCUCUCUUGAUGAAUUGAUUUCUUUGAAUUUGCCGCAAACAAUGGCGCCAAAUAUCGCUGCAGAGAUGAUGGCACAUGAUGAUGAUGAUGAUGUAUUGAUGGAUCCUAUCGACAGCAGCAUGAUACCAGCAACGUUGAUACCACCCGAACAACAAUCAAGCGGUGAACCAGAUUCAUUCUCCAUCAGCAAAGCUGCUCGUUCUUCUACGUUUGAUGAAAUCGACAAUGACGAUAUGCAACAUCCUCAAAUACAAACGCAUGCACGGGCAUCUGAGAAGGUCACAUACGACAGUAAUAAUCAAGCUGGCAGUAGCAGUAAUGCUGAUAUUGUUCAUGACCGAGGUUCCCUGAGAGGAGAAGCAUUGCAACACCCGCAAGCAAAAUAUCCGCCCACAACCAUCAAAAAGUCCUCUGUACAAGCUAGUGGCAAAUCAAGAUUGCGAGGUUCUAUCGAUGAAAAUGAAUCGUUACAAGUGAUGAAAGAUGCCCAAUUUGGUAUUGGUGAACAAUCAAGGAAGCGGAAACAGUCAUUGCAAACCAAAAACACCGAUACAGGAGAGAUGAUAUCGAAAGGGAAGCGUAAAUUUGGAGAAAAGAGUAGCAAUUAG